AUGGUCGAUGCAAAGCAUUCAUCCACUACUAUCAAUGAGCAAGAAGAGCUAGCUGAACCUUACCCGAACCUAAAAUUCUAUGGCUAUGCAAUUCUUAUUUCCACGUGGUUACUAUUUGUGAUUACAAUAACUUCGUUUUUCCAGCUUUGGAAGUUCAUCAUUUCGCCAAUGGCAGGAACACCGUUUCAUACUCAAUUGACUACGAUUUUUACAACAGUUGAUGGUCUUGUUGUGAAACUAUGGUGCAUUUAUGUUGUUUGUUGGUGGUGGGCUUUUAUUUCUUGGACAGGGUUGAAGUUGUUUCGUCAUUCCAAGGGGAUACAGAAUUGA